AUCGCUUACACCCCCGUGAACGGCAUUCACCCUUCUGGUGGCCUUGUCGGAGGCAGUUCCAACAUAAUUUUAAUUUUUGAAUUUCUUGGCGCAAAGAUGCGGCUGGUAAUGCUUUGAAUUUAUCGCACAAGUAAAUCGCGUGCUGACCGUUACAAUACACACAUGAUGCUUCGAUUGCUGCGCCCGAAAAUGUUCUAUUCAAGCUUACAGGUUUCUUGUGGUUAACCGAUGUAUUCUGUGCUCUGCCUGUGGAUUUAUCAGAUUUUUCACGCGAUAUGGCCUCAAGCAAUUGACACCGAGCAUUUAAAAAUUUGAUUAAAUCAUCUAUACCAGGCGAUUCAAUUUGACGUGAGAUUACGUGCUCCUCCCACGACUUUUCCGAUGAAGGAUCGAGUUUUUUUGUGAUUAAAUAAAUUAGCAAAGUACUCCACUGUGUCACAGGCUCGCCUAAGGAAGUUAAUGACCUCAAAUGCUUUUGAAGGUCAUCUGUUAAUUUUCUAAGGGAGUGAGGAUCUCUAGUUACCGAUGGCAUUUCAACUAAUUCUCGAACAUGAUUCUUUAUGAUAACUGUACUAUUUUCAUAUCGAGAUUUUAAUAACUGCCAUGCAUGAUCAUAAUUCUCUCCUGUGACUUCCAUGUUUUCGAUUACUCUUGCGGCUUCUCCUUUUAAACAGCUCAUCAGAUAAUAGAAUUUUUUGACAUUAUCUAACGUAGGAUCUCUGUCAACUAAGGCCAAAAACAUAUCCCUGAACUGACCCCAUUUUUCAUAUUCACCAUGAAACUUUGGCAACUCAAUAUUUGGAAAUCUUGUAUUUGAGACAGAAUGCAACUGGUGAUGUGAGAGGCCCACGUUUGAUGAAGGUUCUGUGUUUAUUUGCUUGCUCGCUUUUGUGUAUCUGUGUGCAUUCUCUAUUGCGCUGUAAUACCUGUCUUCAAAGGUGGCUCUCUCACUUGAACUUAACUCAGUUUCACUGAGAAUCUCUAUUUCAUCUUGUACUGUAUUGAAAUUGUCUAACAAUCCCGUGGCUUGCUCUAAACGCGCCUCUAAUUGAAUUAUUUCACUUUUAUCAAAGUUUUCUAGAUACGUUAUAAAACGCGUUAGUGAACCCUUUAUUUGUCUUCGCUUGAUGAGCAGCUGCCGUAACUGCUGUGCAGUUUCACUUGUGGAAUCGGAAUCCAUAGCUGGAUCGAUCAUUUUUUCAACUAGACGAUAUGACUGAUUGAUUGCACUACUGAUUGACCUGAUUUUGAAUCAACGAGACAAGGAAGUGAUAAGGAACAGACUUACAGCAGGUAUUUCUGACUCAAUCAUCUGGUUUCAAUACUUUUAGCUUUCGUGGUCGUGGCGUGGCUUCGUGGUCGUGUCGUGGCGUGGCUUCGUGGUCGUGGUGUGGCGUGGCUUCUUUACUUCGUCGUUUUCUUACGUUACUGAUCGUGGCUCGAAGGACCAACGUGUAAAGCACUCACUCGGAGGGUUUACCGAUGAAAUAACUAUACGUUCUUCGCUUUACGAAGGUUUAUAACAGAAAAUAAAAGGACAAAAAUUGCGAAAGAGGAAGAAUUUGAACGUAGGAAUAAGAGACCAUUCCUGAAAUAUCCAGGGAAAAUAGUUUAUCAUACAGAAAUGAUCGACAUAGCGUAUUGCUCUGACAAACUUUUGACAAAAGCAAAUGAAUCUGCAGAUGUACUGAUAAUAGGCUUCGAUCUAGAAUGGCCAUUCAGUUUUCAAACAGGUCCUGGAAAUGUAGCUGUUAUACAGAUCAGCCCAGAUUUGACAAACUGUUACAUUUUCCAUAUCAGCCGACUAAAAAAGCUGCCAAAGGGUUUGAGUGAAUUUUUGGCUCAUGACAACGUAAGACUUACAGGAAACAACAUAAAAAACGAUGUCAGAAAACUGGCUAGAGAUUUUGUAGGGUUCAAUGUUGACAAAAUGAUAGAUAACUGCAUAGACUUGGGUGUAAUGGCAAAUACAAUACUGCCAACAACACAAAGAUGGAGCCUGGAAAAAUUAGUUGACCGUUUGCUUGACUUGAAGAUUAAUAAAGACAAGAAAGUUAGACAAAGUAAAUGGCACAUAAUUCCACUGUCCAAUGCUCAGAAACAAUAUGCAGCAAUCGAUGCUUAUGCAUCGUUAUUGCUCUACCAAAAACUAUUACAGGAAAAAGAGGUUAGGGAAAAUCAAGAAAAUUGUUGUGAGAACAAGAUGUAGCAAGGGGUAUAAGUAAUUUAUAAAUAUGUACUAUUGAUAUGAUAGAAUUGUAUGGUAGCCUAAAGUCGUUAUGGUUAUUGAAACAUAUGCCUUUAAACAGAUGACUAGGGACAAGUAUCCGUCAAUUUUGCUGGAAGAUAAAGAAUUUUGUUGAUUAGUAUUUUUACAGCCAGUUAGUGUUUGGCAUACAUUGAACAUGAUGAAUCGGCAAUUUGUCAGCUGCAUUCAAGGAAUGGGUGAAUGAGUGAAACAACAAAACUGCCUUUGUCCUCCAGUGGCACUUGUAACUUUAUAUGAAAGUGACCUAAAGGUAGUGUUUGACAGGUGUUAAGCAGGCCCUUAAUAUGACUAAUAAUUUUUUGCGUAUUAUGAUCAUACCAAUACAAUAUUUCUAAUUAUAUAAGAUGAUUUAUACAUCCACUUUUUUGAUGCUAUAUUUAUACAAAAAGAACUUUUAAAUGCUGAUAUGUAUAUAUUUAUAAUGUUAUUAUGUUACACUAAUAAUUUCUAAGAACUCACCCUUAUUUAGCUUAGUCGUACUAAUAAUUAUAUUAAGAAAAAAUAUACCACCAUUGAGGCAC